AUGUACUACUCGAACCUCUACCAAGACCCUCUUUAUCAGGUGGCCCAGAAGUCUCCAUCUACCGACUCUCGGUCGUCUGAUUCUGCGUCCACGACACCCACGACACCCACAAGCACACAUGAUUUCGUGUACCCGUCCAACUACCAGUAUCUCUCGUACAAACAUACUAACCCGUCCAGGCGCAACCAAGGCCCGUCAGACGACAUUCCGCCGGUGCCUGAAAUGCCGCCCAUCGAGGCGCUAGACUUGAGCCCCUCAGGAACUGGAAACACCGCCACCACCGCAACAGCAACUUACCCCAACGUCGCGCUCAGCAAACGACGUUCGCAGGCACACAUCAACAGAGACUCCAAUUCUUCAGGAUCGGUCUCUUCGCGACGCAUGUACGACCAACGUCAUCAGCAACAGCAACAGCAACAGCAACAACAACAACAACAACAACAACAACAACAACAACAACAACAACAACAAUACUACCAAGAGUCGCGUCAGGACCUUCGACCAGUCGAGCCUCUUCACUUUGGAGACACGCAAUCUGACUCGUCUCAACUUCCAAACCUGCCCCGAAACUUCCCCAAGUCGCUAGCAGAACAUACAGACCGAAGCGAACGGCGCUGGAAACAACCGCCUCCCCAGGUCACAACCUCAUAUUCACGACUCUCACCACCUUCCCAAGGUCCCUCUUCUCCCGGAGAACAACAGACUACGUCUCCCACAGGCUUCUCCAGCACUUUGAUCAACUCCAUCAGUAAAAAAACAAAGGGUCACGCAGCUCCCAUCUUGCCCAUGGGAACAGUCAAGAGCUCAGUCUUCUGGCGGGAACAGGAGGCACGCGACAAGCUGCGAAUGCUAUGCGCUCCUGCGGAAAAUGCAGAAAACGCUACAACCUUUGAUGAGAUUGUUGAAUUCGGCUUCCCCGUUGGCAUUCCAACGUCGCCCAAUGAUAUCGGAUUGGGAGCACGACAGAUGACUCUACACGUGACUCUGUCGCCAGCAGCCAUGCGUGAUCGAGACGAGGUUCUUUAUGGCUGGCAGAAGGAGCUGGCUACCGGAACCAACAACAAUUCAAACCCUACCGUGGACGAUGUGUCUACAUACCAGCAGUCAAAUUACGACGACGACAGAUUGCGUGGACAGCAAGCUCUUCUCAGCGGAUCCACGGGAACAGGAGGAAUGAAGCGUGUAUUUGGCAAGCUCAAGAAAAAGGCACCUGCAAACAGCAGUAUUAUGAUCACCUCAGCCGACGUUCAAUAA